AUGACCCAAGAGCAAGCCUCUCCUGCAAUCACCGAUACAAUCCUCACGAGCGCUCAAGACGCAGAGUCACAAACUCCAAUCUCUCGUGUGAUUGUAAUUGCUAUUGAUCAAUCUGAGCAUAGUCAACAUGCUUUUGAUUGGGCAAUUAAAAAUUUCUUGAGAAAAGAUAGCGAUUUGGUUGUACUGGUCAAUGUUCGACCGGUUCCAAUGGUUCCAGGACCAUAUGCAGCUAUUGGCGCUAGCUAUAUGGAUUUUACUGAAGUCAUAACAAGUUUAGAAGAACAGCAUCGUGUUAGUAGUCAUACACUUUUACAAGAAUUUGCAGCAAAACUAAAAAAUCAAGGAUUUGCUUGUAAGGCCAUAGCUAUGCGAGGAGAUGCACGUGACGAAAUCGUACGUAAGGUCUCUGAAGUAAAUGCAGAUGCCUUAAUAGUUGGAUCUCGUGGUUUAGGUGCUUUGAAACG